AUGACCCCCCAAACCAUAAUAAUCGGCACCGGCCUGGCGGGCCUAACCACCACCAGCACACUCCUCACGCACCACAUCCCGGUGCUUCUCCUCGACCGGGCGCCCAAACCCGGCGGCAACAGCAUCAAAGCUUCCUCAGGGAUCAACGCCGCACCGACACGAUACCAACUCGACCCGGAUUCCAUCACCACAUUCCAACACGAUACCCUCCUCUCCGCAGGAGGGCCAUAUACCUCGGCUAGAGGGGUAGAGCGCACCCGACGCGAGAAACUCAUCGACACACUUACAACCAAGUCCGCGGACGCGCUAUACUGGCUUACGGAUGACAUCGGAGUCGAUUUGAGUCGGGUCACUCGACUCGGGGGACAUAGUGUAUCGCGGACGCAUCGGGGAAGUGGGAAGGGGACACCGGGGUAUGAUAUCAUCAAAGGGUUAUUAGGACGGGUAUCGGACGAUAAGAAUUGUCGGAUGGGAGUAGGGAGACGGGUUACGCGGAUUCUACGAGAAGAAGGGGGAGGAGGACGGGUUGUUGGGGUGGAGUAUACUGUCCAGGAUAAUGAGGGAGGGGGCAAUCAGACAAAGACAGAGACGGCGUACGGACCUGUCGUUGUCGCGAGUGGAGGGUUUGCGGGCGAUGCGAGAGGGCUGUUAGCGCAGUAUCGGCCCGAUUUGGAGGGGAUACCGUCGACGAAUGAACAGCGCGAAGGGACGCAGCCUUUACUGCAGGAUGUUGGGGCGGCGGUGGUGGAUAUGGAGCAGGUGCAGGUGCAUCCGACGGGGUUUGUGGGAGGGGGAGAGGAGGAAGCGGAGGCGAUGGUGAAGAUAUUGGCGGCGGAGGCGUUGAGGGGGGAGGGGGGUAUACUUGUGCUUGGGGAUGGGAGGAGGUUUGUGAAUGAGUUGGAGACGAGGGAGAAGGUGACGGGGGAGGUUAUGGGGAGGGCGGAGAGGUUGCCGACCAAGGCGAAGCAGUGGGAUGUGAAGCUGGUGUUGGACGAGGGGGCUGCUGCGGCGUUGCAGUCGCAUUUGGGAUUUUAUAUGUGGAAGGGAUUGAUUAAGAAGACGACGGUUGGGGAGUUGGGGGAGAUGUCGGCGCUGGAGGGGACGCUGAGGGAGUAUGCGGAUGUGGUCGCUGGGAAGAAGCAGGAUGAGUUUGGGCGGCAGUCGUUUGGAAAUUGGACGCUGAGGGAGAUCAAGCCGGAGUCGGUGGUGUAUGUAGGAAAGGUUACCCCGGUUGUUCACUUUACCAUGGGAGGCGUGGUGAUCAACGAGCGCAGCCAGGUGUUGGACGGUCAGGGGCAGCCGAUUCCCGGACUCUGGGCGGCCGGCGAGAUUACCGGGGGUCUCCAUGGCCAGAAUCGGUUGGGGGGAUCGUCGCUGUUGGAGUGCGCGGUCUUCGGUCGCAUUGCCGGAGAGGAAGCGGCUGCUUAUUAUCAGGGACUGAAGGAGACAUGUUCCUGA